AUGGCUAAGCGAAUAAACAGGGUGAUUGAGCUUCUGGAACAGGGCCAGCCCAUAUACAACGCCGGUGCUCAUGAGCUGUCAUAUGAGAACGGCAAGGCGAUGGCCUCCACAUGGGCAGACUACAUCGGCGUGGAGAUGGAGCACGGCUCGUUCGACAUGUCGGCGCUGGACGAAUUCAUGCGCGGCCUGGUGGACGGCGGACCUACACCAAGCGGUCAUCGCACUCCGCCUGUCAUCAUGACCAUCCCGACGGACGGCACGAAUGAGGAUGUCGUCCGUGCCAACUCAUGGAUGAUGAAGCAGGCGCUCGCUCGCGGCAUACACGGUAUCCUGCUGUGCCAUGCGGAGACGCCGGGCGCCGUUCAGGCAUUCGUUGAGUCCUGCCGAUACCCGUUCCAGACAGUUGGUGUGGGCGAUGGGCUUGGUGUGGGACGUCGCGGAGGCGGAGGGCAGCGCGGUGCGGCGCAUAUCUGGGGAGUGGAGCCUGAUGAGUACAUGAAGCUGGCAGACCCGUGGCCGCUCAACCCUGACGGCGAGUUAUUCCUCGGCCUGAAGCUAGAGAAUAAGCGCUCAUCUCGCCAACUGCGAGGAAUGUGCGGCUGUGCCCGGCAUUGCCUUCGCUGA